CUAUGGGCAACUGGACAACUUUGACUCCGCACAGGUUUUGAUAAAUCUCCCCAAUGUGUCCUGCAAAAAAACUGCUCCUUCAAGAGAAAAAUAAAAAAGAUAUAGGUCCUGGAUUAUUGUGGCACAAUUUUCUAAGGUGAAGGCUGGAAUGGCAGUCAUUGGCAGAGCAUUUAGUGCAAUACCAUUGUACGGGAUGGAACAUCAUCAGACUUCACAGCCGUUCCUUCAGAGGACAAACACUCCUGGUUCUGUAGACGCUUCAUUUCUUGGUACAUCAGUCGAUGUGAAUCCCUGUCAAAUUGGACAAAAUGGCAGCUUGUUUCUGGGAGGGGCAGCACAGAGUCCCGCAGGGAUCCCUGCAUUGUCUCAGUUAACUUGCUCUCUUCAACCUGGGCGACCAAGAAAGCACAAGCUCCAAGAGGCUAAUGAUGAAUGCCCUUUGAAGAAAUUGAGAGUUUCCGAGUCUUCCACACCACUUGUGUUUCAAGGAUCUCAAGCUCCAGGUAUUUUUUCUGGAGGUUUAGGACAGCAAUUCUGGGCUUCUGGCCAUCCACAGGUAAAGGAGGCUGCUAUAGUUCCCACCGUGGCUGACCAGUCUGCCUCCUUGAUGCGUUCAGUUUCUACAGAGGAUAUGGAAGAAGUGGCUGUUGAAUCUCAAUUCGAUGCUGCGCUUAGAAGAAUAAGAGACAUUGAAAGCAGGCUUAUUGUGGAGGACGAGGAGGAAGAUGAGGAUAACUCAAGAGAUAAUCAUUUACCCACCCUUGUAAUGUCUGAUGUACUUGUGGAAGGCUUUAAACAGGGCUUGAACGAAUCGCUUACCCAAAAAAUUGUGGAUUCUAUAAAUCGCCCAUCGAUGGAGCUUGUUCUUUGGAAACCCCAACCAGUGUUACUUGUCAACAAACUUCAGAGCAUUGCCAGCAGUUAUAAGACAGAUAAAGAAGAGACAGAGAAGAUCCGGAGGACACCUGCAGUACCUCUCCUCCAGGAAGUAAACCUAUCAGAUGUGGACCAGCCAUGUACUUCUAAUGUAGACUGUCAUGAAAACAUGAUGUGGAAUAGAGAAGACGAAGAAAUGGAGCUUUAGUGCUGUUCUUAAUACACUCUCUGCGCUCCAGUUCCAGCAGACUUCUUUGAGGAGACCACAUGACUGGAAUACUGAGUUUUAUUACUUUUUAGUUUUUAUAAAGCUUGCACUCUGCCAGAACUUUUUUUUUUUUAAGCUCCAAAAUGACUUAACCGCUUCCUUAUUCUACGAAAUGAAUAUUGGAUAUGCGCUGUUACAGAAAUUUUGUGUUGGCCUCUAAAAAGGGCCGCAUAUUGACAUGAGCAGUAUUGACGCUUGAAAAUUGUUGACUUGAAUCAUUUUUUUUUUCUUUUGUAAUUCAGUUUACACAAACAGUUUUUGUAUAAAACGCAGACAAUUGUUUAGUCCAUUUUUUUGUAGUUUAUUAUGAUUGCUGUUAUGCACAGUAAGGAGGUGUAAAUAUUUUUCACACUACAAUUUCUGGAUAUGAAAUGGGAUUUUUUUUUCUAAUAAAAUUCUUAAAUGG